AUGCCAUUGAGAAGGGUCACAUUCAGUGGAAGACUUGGAGCUUUCAAUGAGGGCGAAGAUAAAAGGAAAAUCUUCGUGAAAGGAGUCGUUUUCAUGUGUUUGGACAUUUCUAUCACUCUUGCCAUAUCAAUCGCCACUUUCUACUUGUUUGUUAAAAAAGCUGUAGCUCCUUAUGAAAAUGACUUUCCUUGCUCUGACGAGUCAAUACAGAAGACUUUUAAACCCAACACGAUUGGCUUGAAACACUUGCUUUUCGUGUCCUUAGGCUCUCCUUUCUUCCUUAUUUCAGCUGUUGAAGGUUUACUCUUCUUCAAAGCCCAGGGAACCAAUCGACUUGCCAAAUACUUCACAUCAACAACUUUGACCUAUCUGAAAUAUCUUUUAGCUUACGCAUUAUGUACCUUUACUAUGGAAUUCCUUAAGUGUUGGUUCGGACGUUUACGUCCUCAUUUUGUUGCUGUUUGUCAACCUGAUUGGACUAAAAUGGACUGCUCCACUGAUCCCAGUGCUAUAAUUCCUGCAAGCGACAUAGUUUGUCUGAACUCAGACUUCCACAGAGUGAGGACUGCUAGAACUUCGUUUCCUUCCGGACAUACAGCGGCCGCUGUCUUUGUUUGGUUGUUCUAUACUUUCUAUUUGAUCAGGAUGAGUAGAAUAAGCAAUGUGGAAUUGGUAACCAAGAUGAGAAAUAUUAUUCUGCCUGCCAUUACUGCAUGGACUUUGCUCACAGGUAUUACAAGAGUAACUGAUAAUUGGCAUCAUCCUACUGAUGUGUUAGGUGGCAUCAUAUUGGCUCUUGUUUGUUUUGUGCCAUUAUAUUGGAAAACAUGGGUUAAUGCUUCUUCUGUUUAUCAGCGACGCGAAAUAUUCGAAGCGAAAAAAUCUGAAUGA